GGAUGACGUCAAAGUUCCGCGAGACAGAUUUUAAAGCAAACUCUUCUGUAUGAUUUAGCGAAUCUCUCUCGCGGUACUUUGACGUCAUCCGAGUGUCGAUUCUUGUGGUGCCGCAUGAAGUGGAAUAUGCCUAAACUCGGUAAAGUCUUAAUUAACCACGCCCAUCGACGAUGAUGAUAUUAGUAAUCAUAACAUUUACUUCACUUAUAACUGGCCAAAUCAUCAAAAUGACUGGAGAUCUCUGGAGUAACAAACUGGAAAUGUUCAAAAGAAGAAUCAAUUCAAGGCAAUGAAUUAUUUCUGUUUUCAUUUGUAAUAAUUUAUAACGUUUAUUAGUAAACUAAAUUGAAAAAAUGUCGUUUAAAAUGAAUGAAAAUUGAAAAAAGCAUUUCGAUACAAUGCGUUUUUGGUGACCAGGUCAGGUCUCUCCUAACCUGUACAAACUUUGCGCAUUGCGAGUUGUGCUCUUCAAGAACUAUGAACUCCACAUAUAUUACUGAGGACACUUUUCUGGUAAACACCACUUGUGAUUCUGCCUGUGACACCAGCAUCCUAAAAAAUAUGCCGCGCUUCAGCACAGCGGCUCGGGUCCGAGUCACAGUCACCUUCAUUCUGUGCGCACUGUCUGCUUGCUGCAACCUCGCCGUGAUUUACUCAGCAAACCACCACAACCACAGAAAACAAUCUCACGUCCGACUGAUCAUCACUAACCUGGCGGUGGCCGAUUUAUUGGUGACGUUUGUGGUCAUGCCGCUGGAUGCUGCGUGGAAUAUAACGGUGGAGUGGCUCGCAGGAGACCUCGCGUGCAGGACACUGAUGUUCCUCAAGCUCGUGGCCAUGUACUCAUGCGCUUUCAUGACCGUGGUGAUAAGUCUGGAUCGACAGGCUGCCAUCCUGAACCCUCUGUCUAUUAACCGAGCCAGGAGGAGGAAUAAAGUUCUGCUGAGUGUAGCAUGGACCAUGAGCAUCGUGUUAUCCUUACCACAGGUGUUUAUUUUCCACGUUGUGGUGAUUGAUUUUCCUGAGCAUUUUAUCCAGUGUACGACCCAUGGCAGCUUUAGCUCACGCUGGCAGGAGACACUUUACAACAUGCUUACUUUCACCUUCCUCUUCCUCAUACCUCUCCUUAUCAUGAUCUCUUGCUACACCAGGAUACUGUUUGAGAUCUCCAAGAAAAUGAAAGACAACUUGCUAUCCAAUAGAGUCCAGCUGCGCAGGUCAAAGAACAACAUCCCUAAGGCACGUAUGCGUACACUGAAGAUGAGUGUGGUCAUUGUCCUGUCAUUCAUGGUGUGUUGGACACCAUACUACAUGCUUGGUCUAUGGUACUGGUUCUAUCCUGCUGGUUUGGAGGAAACCGUGUCUCACUCCCUCUCACACAUGCUCUUUGUCUUUGGCCUGUUAAAUGCUUGUUUGGACCCCAUCAUCUAUGGUCUUUUCACCAUUCCACUGUGCAGAGGCAUGAGACAGCGGCGGCAUGACAGUAACAUGGUAACAUUCGAGCUGGAGAACACUAAUAACUCUAUGAUGACUUCCCUCAGAUGCUCCGCCUCCUCACUCACCUUAAAAAGACUGACAGUUCAGCAAACCUCUAAAGAAAAGCUUGAAUUAGAUGGAGAGCAUGUAGAGCGAAUUAGAGAUGAUGGGGGUGGAUAAAGAACGAUUUGGAUAAACACAUGAAGGAAAAUACAUAUUGUAAAAUAGCAAAUGCUUGUGUAAAAUGUAUGUGUACAUUUUAAUUAAAGCCAUUCCUGUUAUAACAUAA